GGAUUUUCUUGUCCUUUCCUCGGAUAUUCUGUUCCCUCCACUCUUUUCUGUUUUCCCGUCUUUCGGGACGAACCCUCGCGGACCGAAAAGGUCCUCUGUUGUCUGCGGUGUCUUGCUCGUCCGAAACACACAUCUGGUUACCUUUUCUCCCCAACCUCUCUGCUCGUCAGCGGGUUUCUGGCAAGUUCGUUUUCACCUCGGCGUUUCGUCAGUUUCCCAGCCUCUACACGUUUCCGUUUUCCCCCGAACUCUGCCACUCUCUCGAUUCCCUGUGUGCGGUCGCGAGUCGCGGCCCCGUCCACGCGGGCGUCAAGAAAACGACCCAACGCGCCUCUUUUGUUGCUCUCUGCAGCCUGCUUUUCUCGCGCCCCCUGCGUGCUGUUUCGCACAUGCGUUCGGCUUCAGGAGCUCGUCCAGCCUUUCAGACUUGCUUUCGGAACUGGAGACCCUGAGGGUGUCUGGCACUCCACUGGAGGGAAGAGACCUGUGAAUCUGCUUUUUCAGAGGGGACUCGGCCGCAGCUCCGCGUUUUUCAACGCCUCUGCGCGGUCGGUCGUCCCUGAGGCCGCGAACUGCUCUGGCGUUCUGACUUCUCCUUGGCGUGCAGUUGCUCGGCUACGCUCUUGCCGUCUGCCUCUUCCCCGCUGCCAAUGAGAGUCUCCACCUGAAGCCGCGAGAGUCCUCACUUCAGAAACGGAGACUUCCAGCUGUUUCCGCGCGGUGGCAAAGUCGCCUCCACUGCAGGGUACGAUACUUUCUCACUUCGAGUCACGCGAAGCCCAGGAUCUUCGCACGAGCCUUUUCCGUUCCUCACGGGAGAGUCCUCUCUCUCCUCUCCAGGGCACUCACUGUCUCGUUCGCUUUCGCGUUGUCCUCCCGCUUCUUUGCCCGUCUGUCACCAUGAGUCCUGCAGACCCUGAGGCAGGGUCUCUGCAAAGCAGCGCCCCGCCACUUGCCUCGGCAGGGAAGUCUGCGAGUGCAGGCGCGCGCGCUUCCCGUCGAUCCUCGUCGGCUUCUCCGUCCUCGGACUCCGCCACCGGUCCAGCCGUCUCUGCAUGCGCGACGCCCGCAUGCACUCCCCCGGGGGGUUCUCCCUUCUACCGCGCCUUUCUGUCUCCGCUGUGCGACCAGAUUUGUCUGCGGCUGGUCCCCCCCUCCGUGAGCCCAGACGCCAUUUCCUUCCUCGCGCUCUGCUGCGCCGCCCUCGCUACCUUCUUCUGCUGGCAGGCGGACCGACGCAGCUUCACCGCUGCUGUGAAGACAGAGGCGGAGACGAAGGCUCUGGCCACCGACGCGGCCUUCGGCAACUCACUGACCCUCUCGCCUGUCGUGACCUUCCUGAACUUCUGUGGGAUCGACGCGCAGCCAGAUACGCCGUUCUGGGCCGUCGCCGGCCUCCUCUGGAUGCUCUACUCGGUCCUCGACAACGUCGACGGAAAGCAGGCCCGGCGUCUGCGGCAGUGCACGGCAGGCGGCGACUUUUUGGAUCACUCGAGCGACAGCAUCGUGACUUCUCUGAGCGGCUUGGUGGUUAUGUGGGCGCUGCUUCUCCAGCCUGCGUCGGCGCCUCAGCGUUCUGCGUCUUCGCGUCUCUUCUCCAUUUCUUCCUCGCCCUCUGUCGCGCUCAACGACCGCACACACACCAUCUCGCUGGGGUCGCUGGACUGUCUGGCGUUCAUUUUGAUUACGCAGCUUCCGUUCUUCAUCGCAACAUGGGCUCACCCGAUUGUCGGCAGAACGAUUCUCUCUUCUUCUCUGGAGGGGUGUCACUGGUUCUCGGUUGACGAAGUGAACUUCAUUGUCAUUCCUUCUGUUCUCUUCGUUCGCGCUCUGACCCCCACCUUCUGGUCUACAACGCUCGUGUCUCUCCUUCCUCACUGUCCCCCGUUCGUACACUCCGUCGUCACCGUCCUCUCAGCCGCCAUUGGCUUCGUCUUUCAACUCGCCUCCGAAGAAGUUACUCUCGGCGUCCUCGUCGUCUUCGCCAGCUGCAUGCUCUCUUUCUUCGAGUCGACCAGGCUCCUCUUGCAGCUCGUCAAGUAUGAGCAUCUGCCGCGCCUUUUGCCGGGCGUCGUUCUCUUCGCAGGCUCGUUAACCUUCAAGCCGCCCAUUCUGCUACAGCUCGGCGUCUUUUCGCUCCUCUGUUUGGAGCUCAUCGCUGCUCGUCUCAAGCUGCAUGUGCGGACGCAACUGUACAUGUGGUGGCCUGUGACUCUCUACUACUUCUUUCUCUUCACGCUUCAUGGAGGCUCGAGCGCGGAGCCUGCGCCCGGUCUGCCAGCGUCUCUUGCGCGGGUGCUGGGGAAAAACUACAACUACCACAGCGCAGCUUUCAUGACGCUAGUGCUGCUCGGCAUCUGCCUCCUCUCUUACAAGCAUAUCAUCAACCGAAGAAACGGCACCUGCCGGGCGCAGCGGAAAACCGAGUGACAAGGAUCUUGGAGGAACUCUGCACACUGGGAGCCUCCAGAGAGGUUGGACAACCCAAAAGAGUUCGGCUGCAUGCAACCGUGACAUGACUUCGCGUGUCUCUGUGUUGGCAAUUGUCAAUGCCAUCUUUCCUGUCUUCGGGGGAGAGAGUGAGGAAGACCAGCGGCCUGGAAACAGCCUUUUUUCUGCAUGCUGUCAAUGUCUCCACAAGCGUUUUUUCCUCUUUUUUCACCGCGACAGCGAACUCAACAGGCUUCCCGCAGCCUGCGUCUCUGUGCGGUCUCCCCGGGCUUCUCAGUUUGCCGCUUCGUCAGAAAUCCCAUCGCUUUCCUGGAACGCGUGUAUGGUGGUGGUGUCUGUGCUUUGUGCUCUUUUGUCUUUCCUCGGUGUCUAUGUGUUUGUCGACUUCUUUGAAGGCCUCGACUCGAGGACAAACGAGCGGGCCCCGCACUCGAAAGGUUUCACUGGC